CGGAGGUUGACGUGGGUCAGCAAUACCUGACUCGCUUGCCGCCAUACCAACGACUACUCCGUACCUAGGUAUGGAUGCUGGACACUGCCCACACCCUCUCUUUGUCAUCAUGAUAACAUUGGGAGGAAUCAUGAAUGUGUGUGAUGGUCAGCUGCUAGACUACGGGCCAGAGUUGCCAACACUGCCAAACAGCUGCUCGGAUAUAUUGUCCAUAUCAAGACCGUGCUUCAUGCUAUAUGAUACUACAGUAUGGUCGGCCCGGGUUGAAGAUUGUUCUUGGCUUUGCUCUGAAUGUUUGUCCAUACUCACAGGUGCAAGCAUUCACCUCAAAGGGACAUUUGAGCGACAACGAAUGGCUACCUGUAUUGCCAGAGAAGGGGUGUUUAUUGUGACGAACAACGGCUGGCCAUUGUGUCUUCACACGCCUCAUAUAGAUCAUUCUGUCACGAUGAAACGCAGAAGAGCAAUGACAUGACCUCUAGCACCCCAUCCCGGCUAGAGUAGAUACACUUGCUGAGGUAGAUCAAGGUUCUUGUUUGGU